AAAAAAAAAAAUAAUUGAAAAGAGGAAAAAAUAAAUUGUUAAUUUAAUUUAAAAUACACGCACAUUAAAAGAGAUUAAGCAUGUCUUUCAAACGAACAGCUAAUACAGAUUUAAAUCAUGAUAAUUGGAAUGAAGAGCAUGAGAGUGAAGACGCAGGAGAGUUUAAAAAAGCAUCUGAAGAUAUUUUACAACAAAGGAACAAAAAAGUAGCAAGAAGAAGAAUGGUAGCCGGAAACGAUGAUAAAGCACCAGCAUCUAAUCCGUUUGGUGCAUUUGGAGGCUUUGGAAGUUCUACACCUGCUGCAUCUUCUCCAUUUAGCUUCCUAUCAAAAUUGCCUGCUGUAGCGCCACAAACAACAACAACAAACAAAACAAAUGGUGAAGUUAAAUCAUCCAGUGAAAUCAACAAAACAGAAAAGCUUGAUAAUUCAGCAUACUUUAAUAAAGUUAAGUCAUUAAACACAGCAUUUGUUGACUGGAUUAAGUCAAAUAUUGAUGAAAACAAAGGACUGUGCGAUCUCACACCAAUAUUCAAAGAUUAUGAUAAGUAUAUGAAGGAAUGCAAAGAUUUAAAGGACAAAAAGAUGCCAGAAUCAAAGACUGAAGAAAAGGAAACAAUAAAAUCGACCUUUACUUUCGGAAAACCAGCAUCAACAAAUUCUUCAAGCUUCGUAUCGGCACCUGAUUCAACUCCAAGCAUAUUCUCUUCAAUUCCAAAUUCGGACACACUUUCACCUACUAAAUCAGCAGAAAGUAAACCUUUUAGUUUUGGAAUAGCUCCAUCAAAUUCAAUAACUAGCAAUUUAUCAUCAGCACCAUCAUUCUCGUUUGGCUUACAAAAAACAUCUACAGCUAUAACUUCUACUCCUGCACCGCUUUUUGGAAAUUUAACAAGCACACCGUCGGUUCCAUUUUCAUUCAGUAAUGUCGGUCAAAAUAAUACAACAACAUCAACAGAAACUAAGACAAAUGAGGAAGAAACUGAAGAGGAACCGCCUAAAAAUGAGUUUGUUCCUGUUGUCGAAGAAGACAGUUUGUACUCGAAAAGGUGUAAAGUAUUCGUUAAAAGUGGAGCUGAUUAUGCUGAUCGUGGAAUUGGAACAUUGUUCUUAAAGAAAGUCGAUGAUAAAGUUCAAUUGAUAGUCCGUGCAGACACGAAUCUCGGAAAUAUUCUAUUAAAUAUAAUAAUUUGUGAUGGAUUACCGACGAGUCGAUUAGGCAAAAAUAAUGUCAUGAUUGUUUGCCUUCCAACACCUGAAAGUAAACCCCCACCGAUUCCAGUUUUGGUACGUGUAAAGACAGCAGUUGAAGCAGACGAAUUACUCGCAACACUUGAAAAGUACAAGAGUCAAGCAUCGUAAAAAGGAUUAAUUUUGUUUUAAAUCUUUAUUACCUUUUAAUUCAUCUUAUUAUUAUUAUUGUUUAAUUCAU